AUGGCCAAGAUCCAGUCCGACCUGGAGAUGUCGGAGAACGUGGCACACGAGUCCGCCCCGAAGAAGCAGCAAGAUGAGCAACAGUCCGAGACGACCAUCCAGGGAUACGACCCCGAGGCCGGGCGCGACCACGCCGUCGUGGGCCCCCCAUGGAUGUACAAGCCGAUGCUGACCAUUGGCUCCUUCAAGCUGCCGUGGUUUGCCUCGCCCGAAACCCAGCUGGUGCUGGUCUCGUUCGUCUGUUUCCUCUGCCCCGGCAUGUUCAAUGCGGUCUCAGGCCUCGGAGGUGCGGGCCAGCUCAAAACCACCGAUGUCAACAACGCCAACACCGCGCUCUACAGUACUUUUGCCGUCGUGGGGUUCUUUGCCGGGUCGGUCGCUAAUCGCAUUGGGCUUCGUUUGACACUCUCGAUCGGUGGCUUCGGAUACUUCCUCUAUGUGGCAUCGCUCCUCUCGUAUAAUAUCAACCAGAAUGCCGGGUUUCUGAUCUUUGCCGGCGCGCUGCUCGGCGUCUGCGGCGGUCUGCUGUGGUGCGCGCAGGGUGCGGUGAUGAUGAGCUACCCCCAUGAACAUGAGAAGGGCAAGUUUAUCUCGAUCUUUUGGGUUAUCUUCAACCUGGGCGGCGUCAUUGGCAGUCUGAUCCCUCUCGGCCAGAACAUGCAUUCUACAGCUGGCACAGUGGACAAUGGCACCUAUAUUGCAUUUCUGGUUCUCAUGGCAGUAGGGUUCGUCCUCUGCUGGGGCCUUGCGGACGCGAAAUACAUCAUGCGCAAGGACGGAUCCCGGGUAAUUGUUAUCAAGAAUCCCACCUGGAAGUCCGAGUUCAUCGGGCUGUGGGAGACGCUCCGCAGCGACUCCUAUAUCAUCCUCUUGUUCCCCAUGUUCCUGGCCAGUAACUGGUUCUACGGGUACCACUUCAACACCGUCAACGGCGCCUUCUUCACCAUCCGCACACGCGCCCUCAACAGUCUCCUCUACUGGCUGAUGCAGAUGGUCGGCGCCUUUAUCUUUGGCCAGCUGCUCGAUCUAAAGUUCUUCUCUCGGCCCAUGCGCGCCAGGAUCAACUUUGGCUUGAUCUUUAUCAUCACGCUGGGUAUCUGGGGUGGUGGCUAUGCCUUCCAGAGACAGUAUACGCGGGAAAUGGUCAAGCAUGACCCGAACUUUGUCAAGACGGACUUCAUGGACGGCGGCUAUAUUGGUCCCAUGUUUUUGUACAUGUUCUACGGCUUCUACGAUGCCGCGUUCCAGACCUGCGCCUACUGGUACAUGGGCUCGCUUUCUAAUAACGCCCGGAAGCUGGCCAAUUUCGCUGGUUUCUACAAGGGAAUCCAGUCGGCCGGAGCAGCGGCCAUGUGGCGCCUGGAUGCUGAAGAUACACCGUUCAUGACCGAGUUUGCCUCAUGCUGGGGUCUGUUGCUUGGCAGCCUGCUCAUCGCAUCUCCUGUGAUCUGGUUCAAGAUCAAGGAGAACACCGCGGUGGAAGAUGACCUGCGCUUCUCGGACGAGACGGCCGCCGACGUUUUGGGUGACGAGGCGAAGCAGCGACCUGCAGAGGAGCAUUGA